AUAUAGACCACGUUUGAAUUUCAAAUUCCGAUGCAUGAGCAAAUGAAAUGAAUUUUAAAAGAACAUUUUCGUGUGCACAUUUAUUGAAAAAUUUGUGAAAAAGGUGUAAAUAUUAAAAGCUUGUGAAAUUUAGCAAGUGUAAAGUGUAGCAUGGAGAGGAAUAUUUUGCGCAAUCAUUGUCUUUGGCAGAAAAGCUGGACUGGUCCCCCACAGACAAUACCAUUUCGGAGUUUAACUCCGCGAAGUUCAACGAUCUCCAACAGUUAUUCCACGAUUUCCAAGCCUUCUAAACAGGGCGGACGUGAGUCAAAUGAUUCUGUUCUUCGGCGAUGGAAAAGUGUCCCUUCCGAGUUAGGACAAUCCCUGUCAGAUGAAAGGGAACCCAUUUCAAUGGCAGAAAUGUUGGACAACAGGAGACAGGAGAGACGGUACAGGAGGAAACCCUGGACUGAAAAAGUGACCAUCAAACACAACAAUCCCAAAUACAAUAGAGAGUUUCUCUACGGAAGCUUUCUUCCAUCUGAUUUAACGGAUGUGAAACGCAGAACAAGAAAGUAUGUCACCAACUCAAAGUAUGGAGACAUCUAUGAACUAAGAUAUGAAGUUGAUAAAGAGACAAAGACAGAAAAACAGCCCUUCUCCCGCUGGCUCUGGGAAAAGGAAUACAAAGUAUGGUUAUCAGAAAAGAGUCCACCCAGAAGUCGAUCUGAACACAGUUCUCGACUGGAAAUGACGUCUCCCGUUAGAAGUAAAACCCCCAGCAGCAGUAGAAGCCAGGAGCCAGGGGGUGGGGCCAGUUCUUUAAACAGAUCUAUCACACCGAGUUCGAAUAGCAGAUUUGCGAAAAAAGGAGCACCAGAUCCACAAUUUUAUGCAAGUUACCAUUCUCACCGUUUGCAGCAACGUCGACGUAAUGACGCGGCUCGUUUGAUCCAGGCAGUGUUCCGGGGAUGGAGCGUCAGGCGCUUCUUACAGAAACUUAAAAGAAAGGUUCGCUUGGAACACCUCAUGUCUUGGGAGAAUUUUGUAAACGAUUACAAAAACCUGAUCAAACGGGUACAAGAACGAUAUGACGUCAAGAGGCCAUAUUGUGGGGUGGAUCUAAAGGAACUACUGGCGUUCCUCGACAGUAAACUAAAAUAUGAACAAACCUUCCGAAAAUUGGCUUAUGGUGACCGAGUCCUGAAGGAAGAUUUGCCAGAAUUCUUUACAGCGUGUGAUCUUCAUCCGACCGAAGGUGAAAUUCAACAGGCUUUCGAAAAAGUUUUCAAAGGUGGAAACAAUUCAGGCGAGGUCAUAUUUGUUUUGGACUGUUCGACUAGCGUUACGCCUAUGUGUUUUCACUAUUUGACCCAGUUUGUUAAGAGUGUAGUCGAAUCGUUUACGAUCGGUCCCGACAACAUCCGGGUCGGUGUUAUUCCGUACAGUGAUGACGUAUACCAAGCAUUCGGAAUCAAUAGAUACAACAUGACCUACCAAAUAUGUAGUGCAGUUGACAACAUUGCCCACAACGAAGGAUUGACCAGGACAGAUCUCGCCCUUAAAGAAAUGAAGAAAAUGUUCAUGUGUGCCAGGCCCGGGGUCCAGAAAACAGGAAUCGUCAUCACAGACGGGAAGUCAUCAUGUCCCGAGAGAACGUCACAAGCCGCUAGACACGUCAAAGAGGAUAACGUCAACGUUAUUACCAUAGGUGUUGGAAGUCAGGUAGACAUGGAGGAACUGAGACACAUUGCUUCAUCGGCUAAGAACGUCUACAGCGUUUACGACUACAGUUCCAUACAUAGACUGAAAGACGUCAUAGCCAGGAGAACAUGUUUAGAUGACAGUAAGCAAUUUAGUCAUAAGUUUGGUGAAAGUUGUCGCCCUUUAGAGCGACGAGAAGUUAUGGAAAUUCUUUGGACAACCUAUCCCCCAUCAGCCACUAAACUUAACAUACGGUCAUCUCGAUGGGUACGCCCAAUGUCAAAAGGCACCGAAGCAUGGACUUUACUUGACGAGAAAGUGAAGAAAUCAACCGACAUAAACACCUGCUUACAACUAGUGAUCAAGACAAAGAUAGAACGGGAGGGAUUUAUAACCCUCCCCUCAGACGUACGGGAGGGGGUGGAGCAGGUGUCAGACCCAGAUAUUGCCUUGGAUAUGGUUAACAAAUGGAUAGCCCAAAAACAGAAGGAGGGAAGUAAAUUCAAAGGGUUAAAUUAGUAACUGUGGAAAAUAUGCAACUCGCAUUUAUACUUGUUAUUGAUACUGAAAAUUGACUUAUAGUUCAAUGUACAACUUGAUCAAUGGGGAAAAAAUCUGGAUUGUUUAUGUAGAUCUAUUUGAAAUUCUUUUCUUUUCUCCAAUUUUUAUGUCUUUCCU